AUGAAAGACGGGGUUCGUUUUUUUUUGUUCAUCUGAUUCAAAUAGUCAUGUCAAUGACUUUUCCAGGAAGAGGUAACUCCCGACUUCUUCCUCGUACGCAAACACCGGGAUAUGGUCACGGAAGACGAGGAGAGGCGGAUCGGAAUGCUCGCAUUCCUACUGUCUUUUGACCAAACGACAGCUAGACCCUCGUCCGGUCUCAAUGUGGCCAGAGCAGCAAGGAAGCUAUCAAGAAUCUCAGGCGAGACGCUUUUCAGCGUGGUGUGAGUUUUCAAUCGUCAUUUCUUAGAACUUGGACUUUUACGGACAUUUUUCAUUCUUGAUUUCAAGACUAGAGUAGAGAAGUCCCGACUAAAAUAACUGUUUUAGACUCGAUCCAUUUUCAGGAAAGACGUGAGCAAUGCCAGAUAAUGCCUGCUGAAUGCCCGACUCUUCCAUGA